AUGUCUUUAACGUCGAUUAGACUCGUGAACCUGAAGCGCAAAAUAUCCAAAAUCGCUUAUCCAUUAGGGAAUAUUCUCUUUUUUGUGGCACUUUUCGGGGUUCCCUUCCUAUCGCUACUAAAAAAGGAGACGUCGGUAGACGAACACGGAUACCUGAACAGAUAUUCAAUAAGUGAACUCAUAAACGAUGAUUUCCAUCACAUGAACUCGGUGAAAGCCGAGCUAACCGAGAUCUGUGCCCUGGAACAAGGCCAAAAGAGAGGUCAAGCUCUAUCAAAAAGAAGAUAUUCCGAGUGGAAGACGUCUGCUCCGCAGGACUUUCCUACAGUACUGAAAAAGGUUGGAGAACUUCUAAAUGAAGCCUUUGAAUGGUCCGAAAUCGGAUACAACUCGUACGGAUACGCCUACGAUACGAAUGGGCCAAAUGGCUUCAUCGAAGGUUACUCUGUUCUGUGCAGACUAAAGUGUCUGAGAUGCCACGCUAGAGGCGCAACGCUCUUGGUUGCAACGGUUGAUACCAGGGACUGCAGCAAAGAUGUAACUAGCGUUACCCUAGCUAUUUCUGCAUUGAAGCAUUUAUCAACAGCCGAAUAUUUGUCGCAGGAUAUUAUUCUUCUGGUUACAGAACGUCAGUUGCCGUACGCUACAGGUACGCGCCAAUUUUUGGAUGACUAUUUUACGAACCGAUAUUUUAAAUUUAGAAGUGGAACACUCCACAAUGCUUUUGUGUUGGAUUUGGGAUCCAACGAUUGUGCCAAGUAUACAAUAAGUUACGAGGGCACAGAUGGGUUAUUACCUAAUCAGGAUGUUGUUAAUAUAUUUGUAAACAUUGCAGCAUAUGAAGGUUUUGAAGUCCAUACGCGUUCAAUGUGGCAAAGCGUAUUUCGCAUGGCAUUCAAUAUUGAUCGUUCAAGGCAACAUACACCACUGCUGGAGAGGAAUAUAAAUGGAUUUUCACUCAUUUGUUCUGCUGUUUCAAAGUAUCCAAAGAGUCCAGAUAUUCUAUUAAAGGUGCUAGUAUUGAUGCUCAGAAAUCAAAACAACUUGGAUACUCUUUUGGAACGUUCCUACAACUUUUAUUUCUUUACGGAUGCGAGAAAUUUUAUUUCCAUCUCGGUCUACGCUGUGAUCAUACCCCUUCUUGUUUUAAAAUCGCUUGUAUGGCUCAUAUUUUCACCAUAUACAAGAAAGUUUACCACUGCCUUUUUUGGUCUUGGAGUGUUUGCGGUGAAUACUAUUCUUGGCUCUCUUCCUUCAUACAUUUAUCUGGUUAGUAUGGUAAAGAAACAUUCUGGUGAUAAAACGGAUGUCGUGUUGGAAACAACCAGAUUUGCCUUUAGAUUACUUGCUGUAUCAUAUGGAGUAUUGGUGCUUGUAAAUUUACUCUUCUUCAAGUUUUUUGCGCUACUCUUCGAUUAUGAGUACCCCGAAGAUGAUAUUUGUCUGAUUAAGCAGGAAAUUCUUGAGCGUAUGAAAACCCUCAAGGGUACCCCCAAGUCACCUCUAGCUCGCCUCUGUUCAAUCGUAGCAAAUAAAAUGGGAUGUGGAAGCAAGUCGCAUGAACUUGACAGAGAUACCAUAAAGUAUGUAAAUAGAAUGCAAGCUCCAUCUGCGCCCUUGAGUAACAUGGAAAAGUUGCAAAACUUGCUUAGAAGACUCUCUCUCAGACGAGACCCAGAGAGAAGAGCAAGAUGGGCAAAUAGGUUGGCCCUUUUGAAGGAAAAGUUUACAAGAAGACACAGCGUUGCUGGAAGUAUAUCCACUGAUUACAAUAUGGAUUCUAUUGAUCGCAUUACAGAAGUCACCAGUGAGGUGGUGUAUGGAGCUCCAGAGACGGACCAACUAUCAUUGUUGGAGACUGAGCUCAAAAAACUUGGUCCAGCGUGGAUUGUAUAUCUCAUCCCUGACAAUCUACCACAACCGAGCAUUGUUUUGGCAGUGGCUACACAUGUUGUUGCUAUAACAUUCUUGCUGGGAUUAUCGGUACUGAACUGGUCUCUAGCGUUUGUUCUCUCGCUCUUUACAUCACUCCCACUAUUGCUCCUUAGUGUGAAGCGAAAUGGAGUAUUUGGGCCUCUAGUUACAUUCUUGUAUACUCUGGUGUCUCUGUUUUUAGUCUAUCCACCCACAUGUGUGUCUGGAUCAAGGGCCAGAGAUGCAGUCUUGGCUUCGUUGGGGACUGCUUGUCUGGCACUAGUCAAGUUUUUGGAUGCAUCCGCAUUCUCUGGAGCACUUGUAGGACAAGUGAAGGAAUCGCUGAGGUUUUUCGCAAAGCACGUGUUUGGAAAUGCCACCCACUGGAUCAACGCCUCUGGAGACUCUUUUCUUUUGCGCAAGGUGUACUCGUUUGCUGAAGAUCAUGUGCUAGUGAAAUCACCCAGCCUACCAUUCUUGUGGUUUUUUGCCAUUCCCAUUCUAUUCCACAUUUUAUUAUCCAAUGUAUUGUUACUCUGCCGCAAAUUCACAUGUAAGGGAAUCUAA